AAACUUCAUUUUAUGAUCUGUCUAUCGGUUUGUAAUUUGUAAACUCUGUGCACAGUUUAGUUUUCUUUUACGGUUUACCUGUGGGACACGCGAGACGUCUGCCACAGGCUGCUAAGAUGGGUGCCUACAGAUAUAUUCAGGAGUUGUAUAGGAAAAAACUGAGCGAUGUUAUGCGUUUUUUGUUGCGUGUGAGGGUAUGGCAGUACCGUCAGUUGACUCGUAUGCACCGCGCUCCCAGGCCCACAAGGCCGGACAAAGCCCGAAGACUAGGCUACCGUGCUAAACAAGGUUAUGUUGUAUUCAGAAUCCGUGUGCGACGUGGUGGCCGCAAGCGUCCAGUUGCUAAGGGUGCCACUUAUGGCAAGCCCAAGAGCCAUGGUGUCAACCAGUUGAAGCCCACGCGCAACCUUCAAUCCAUUGCUGAGGAGCGUGUUGGCCGUCGUUGCGGUGGUCUCCGUGUGUUGAGCUCUUACUGGGUUGCACAAGAUUCUUCAUACAAGUAUUUCGAGGUUAUCCUCGUGGACCCAUCACACAAGGCCAUUCGUCGCGAUCCUAAGAUCAACUGGAUCGUGAAUGCUGUACAUAAGCAUCGUGAGAUGCGUGGUCUGACUUCGGCUGGUCGCAGCUCCCGAGGUCUCGGCAAGGGACAUAGAUAUUCUCAAACAAAGGGAGGCUCACGCCGGGCAGCUUGGCUGAGACGCAACACUCUUCAACUACGUCGCAAACGAUAAACAUCUAUCUAAAACUGUCAGUGACUUUCCAUUUGCUUAUUUUUGUAUGCAGAUGGAAAGCCAGUGGGAUAAUAAAAUAUUAUUGCUAA